UCUCAGCUCUUGUGAAGGGAUUGUUAGCUCACCUCCAAGCUCUGUCACCAUGAAGGGACAAGUCUCCAAGAAAUCCUCCAGUGGCGGGAGCUGCGGCUUCUCUGGCCAUUCUGCCGUGAUCUCUGGCAGCAGCGGGAUGAGCAGUGUGGCCCGCUCUGGGGGAGCUGGUGGAGGAGCCUGUGGGUUCCGGAGUGGGGCAGGUGGCUUUGGUAGUCGCAGCCUCUAUAACCUGGGUGGCAACAAGAGCAUCUCUAUCAGUGUGGCUGGUGGCUCCCUGGCUGGUGGCUUUGGGGGAGGACGUAGCAGCUGCGGCCGUGGCUUUGGGGGUGGCUAUGGAGGUGGCUUUGGUGCUGGUUUUGGCAAAGGAAUGGGAGGUGGCUUUGGAGGGGCUUGUGGUUUUGGUGGAGCUGGUAGAUUUGGUGGGUCUGGUGGCUUUGGUGGGUCUGGUGGCUUUGGUGGGUCUGGUGGCUUUGGUGGGCCUGGUGGCUUUGGUGGGUCUGGUGGCUUUGGCUCUGGUGGUUUCCCUGGGGGAAUCCAGGAAGUAACUGUCAACCAGAGCCUCCUACAGCCCCUCAACGUGGAGAUCGACCCCAAGAUUGGGCAAGUCAAGGCCCAGGAACGGGAGCAGAUAAAGACCCUCAACAACAAAUUUGCCUCCUUUAUUGACAAGGUGCGGUUCCUGGAACAGCAGAACAAGGUCCUGGAGACCAAAUGGAAUCUGCUUCAGCAGCAGCACCCAGGCUCUGGCUCAGGCCCCAACAACCUGGAGCCUUUCUUUGAAUCCUACAUCAGCUUCCUGCGCAGGCAGCUGGAUUUGGUUCUCGGGGAGAGGGGGACCCUGGAAGGAGAGCUGAAGAACAUGCAGGACCUGGUGGAAGACUUCAAAAAGAAGUAUGAAGAUGAGAUCAACAAACGCACUGCGGCAGAGAAUGAGUUUGUGGGACUCAAGAAGGAUGUGGAUGCAGCCUACAUGAACAAGGUGGAGCUGCAGGCCAAGGUGGACUCCUUGACAGAUGAGAUCAACUUCCUGAGGACUCUCUAUGAGAUGGAGCUGUCCCAGAUGCAGAGUCAUGUUAGUGACACCUCUGUGGUCCUCUCUAUGGACAACAACCGUAGCCUGGACCUGGACAGCAUCAUCGCUGAGGUCAAGGCCCAGUACGAGGAGAUCGCCCAGAGGAGCAAGGCUGAGGCUGAGGCCCUGUACCAGACCAAGCUUGGGGAGCUGCAGACCACAGCCGGCAGACACGGGGAUGACCUGAAGAGCACCAAGAGUGAGAUCAUGGAGCUCAACAGGAUGAUCCAGAGGCUGCGGGCCGAGAUUGAGAGCGUCAAGAAGCAGAAUGCCAACCUUCAGGCUGCCAUUGCUGAUGCUGAGCAGCGUGGGGAGAUGGCCCUCAAGGAUGCCAAUGCCAAGCUCCAAGAGCUGCAGGCUGCCCUACAGAAGGCCAAGGAUGACCUGGCCCGGCUGCUGCGUGACUACCAGGAGCUCAUGAAUGUCAAGCUGGCCCUGGAUGUGGAGAUCGCCACCUACCGCAAGCUGCUGGAGGGCGAGGAGUGCAGGAUGUCUGGAGAGUGUCAGAGUGCUGUAAGCAUUUCGGUGGUCAACAACGUUACCAGCACGAGCAGCAGCUCUGGUGGAAGCCGUGGACCCUUUGGAGGGGUCAGUGGCAGCAGCAGCAGUGGCUACAGAGGCAGCAGCAGCGGCAGCAUCAGCAGAGGAAGCAGCGGAAGCAGCGGUGGCUACAGAGGAGGAAGUGGUGGCAGCAGCAGUGGCUGUGGUGGUGUUAGCAGCGGCAGCUCUGGGGGCUACCAGAGCGGCAGCAGUGGGGGUUACCAGAGUGGCAGCAGUGGGGGUCACCAGAGCGGCAGCACUGGGGGCUACCAGAGCGGUAGCACUGGGGGCUACCAGAGCGGCAGCACUGGGGGCUACCAGAGAGGCAGCAGUGGGGGUUACCAGAGUGGCAGCACUGGGGGUCACCAGAGCGGCAGCACUGGGGGCUACCAGAGCGGCAGCACUGGGGGCUACCAGAGCGGCAGCAGUGGGAGCAGGCUCAACUCUGGAAGCAGCAGCUCUGUGAGCCAGAGUGGAUUUGGUGGCAUGUCUAGCGGUGGAGGCAGCUCCAGCACGUACCACUCCUAAACCACCAGCUAGGGCCAGCACAGCUCCAAGUAAUCCUUCAGGGCCAAAUCUCCAUGCCCACCUGCUUCUCCUUCAGCUUGCAACGGUACUUCCCACUCUCUGCUUAGCAUAAACAGAUGCCAACCCCAACUUUGCUUUUCCUCAAGCUCCCUGGAGAAUGGGCUGAACUUCUUCCUGACUCCUUCAUGCGCAAGAUGUCUCCUAGGCCAGGGAGGGCCAGCUGCUGUUCUGGGAUGAUGUCCCUAGAUCUGACCUUGUGAUGGCUCUUGAUUUUGGACAGCAACACUUGAGCCCAAACCAAUGUGGACCUUCCCAGCCUGGCCUGUUCCCUUCUGGCUCAUCUCUCUCUCUGACCAGGGGUUGAUGGUCUGAAGCUGGCAUGUUUCAGCCCCGAUUGGACUCCUGGUUCCCAGGGUGCCUUCCCACAUUUUGCCUUACCUAUGUCCCCUUAAUUUCCUUAGCUGUGGAUCCCCUGGUGAUGAUUAUAUUGCAUUUUCUUUUCUCA